AUGAAUGCUGCUGCUCCUCCUCCUCCCAUCGUCAACCCCUUCUUCGACCUCUCGCUGGUGCCCGGCAGCGACGGCACCUGGUCCCAGCCUCUUCCUGGCCACGGCUACGUCCAGAUCGCCGGAAACCAAGACCCCCGGGCUCCCCACUACUUGACCCAGCUUUCGGACAAGUACUGUAAGAACGGGAAACACCUUCGUGCUGCUACACAACAAAGACUAACAUUGUAUCGCCGACAGNCGACUGCCUACGGAGGAAACUUGCGGUUCACCGGCCUGCCGCACGGUUACACCUUGUGGUGGAGGGCAAAGACCGGCCAGAUCAACAAGAACAGCACUCCGGUCGGUGCCUUCUACGUCUACGGACACCCUAACGGCUGCUUCGCUUCGGUCACCACUUUUAUUGUGCAUCUGCACAACAUGAUUAACGGCAUUGCUGGAUGCCAGUGCGUCAAGUGUCAAUAA